AUGCCUGUGCGCCGCGCCCGCCUCUUGAAAUAUCCCUCGCGUUGUCCGUACAUAGAUGAGAUAAGCAAUGACCAGAAAUCUGUUGCCCACCCUACCUACUCCGUACGCUGUGUACACCGUACAAACCACCUUGCGCUUUGCCGACUAGUACUCACUAUGCAGCUAGCUAGAAUAAGUACGCGUAAAUUCUGUAUACCGUUGCUAGUGCGGCAGGUUCCCGCUCAUAGCUUCUCCCUUAUAUCUCUCGCAAUCUCAAGCUCUGCUAUUCUGUUGAAAGGAAAUCUUUGGCUUGACACGGGGUAUAUAGGCUCCUCGGCCUCCGUACCUCUGCCUCCGACCCUAAGAUUUACUCUCGUUACACCCCCUAUCCUGCAUUCCCUCUCUGUGCCUCGUGCUUCCUGCUCGAUACCCCUCACAGUCUUCUCUCCGCGAGAACCUUCACCAUCUACGAAAUCGCACGUGGUUAGGAAAAUCCUUACUAACUGGUAUGAUAUGCGUGAAUUCAUCCCUAGAAUCAACAACCAUGCCAGUAGUUCGUCCACUAGCUAG